AUGGUGAAAGAAUGCAUGCUGGACAUUGCUUCUUCAAAACAGUCAAAAAACAACAAAUUUAGACAGUUUUUUUCAAAGCCAAAGCAGGAACCGACAAAUGAAAUAGAUCUUCUUAUUAUUGGCAAAACCGGCAAUGGAAAAAGUGCCACAUGUAACGCCAUUUUGAGAAUAAAUAAAUUUAAAACUAAUGCCAGUUGCAGCUCAGUGACUAAAGAUGUCCAAUGGGAGACAACAAGGUUUAAGGACACGACUAUUAAGGUAGUUGACAGUCCUGGAAUUGGGGACACGUCUAGCAUUGACGACUUGGAACAGGCCACCAUCACCGCUAUUGAAAGCAUGAAGAAAGCAAUCACAUCACACUCCAGAGGAUUCCACGCAUUUAUUCUAGUCGUUAGGUUUGGAGUUCGUUUUACAGCUGAAGAUAAAGAAUGCAUACGAUUACUAAAACAUAUAUUCGGACACGAUUUUGUUCACCAUUAUUGCAUUUUGCUAGUAACGCAUGGUGACAGUUUCAAGGAUUAUCAGACUGCAGAAAAUAUCUCGUUUGAAGAAUGGUGCAAACUUCAGGAAGGGAUUUUUAAAACUCUUUUGGCCGAAUGUGAUAAUCGCGUAGUGUUAUUUAACAACGUUACAUCGAACAAAGCUAAGAAAGAGGAACAGCUUGAAAAGCUUUUAGAACAUGUCCACCAUCUCCAGUUUGUGGGGCAUCGGUAUAGCAUAUACAAUUUCGAACAAUCGGAAAAUUCUCGAAAUUACAUUGUUAUUAAAGCAAAGGAAUUUGUAAUACAAGAAGAAAUAAUGAGAGAAAUAAGUCUUAUAAUGGCGGAUAAAAAUGCACUAUUGGAGAAUACCGUAGUUAAUAUCAAAACUAUUGUGGCGUUAAAAGAACGACUCGUUUAUAUUAUCGAAAGAUUACAAAUCGAAGACAAAGGCACCAACGCCUUAGAACAAAUGAUUGCGCAUGUUAAUCACAUAAAAGCAGAUUUUGAUUCAAGCAUUCAUUUCUUUGAGAAAAGGGUUAUUUAUGAAGAAGGAAAAAAUAAAAUAAAUAAAAUCGAACAAGAAAAAAUAAGAAUUGAGCAAAAUUACCAACGACUACUAAUUUCUCAAAGGAAUGCCACAGAGCGCUACAACGCAGCAAAAAUUAAAGAAGAACAAUUAUUAAGAGAAAAUGAAACUAAAAUGAGAAAAGAGAUUGAAAUGCGCGAACAAAAGCACCGUGAACAGUUUCGGAAAGAGCACGAUAUGCUUUUAAAUGAAAAGUCGAAACUUGAAGAAGAAUGCAAGUUAAUUAUUGAAAAUAAUCAAAUAGAAGUAACAAAACGAAAUGAACAGAUCGAAAAACUGCGCAAAAUUAUUGAUGAAAACAAUCAAAAACUUGAAAAUUUUGCUACACGGCAAAAAAAUGAAAUGAGCAUUUUAUUAGAAAGGCAAACUCAAGCAGAACAACAAUAUACUAUGGAAAAAGAUAGCUCAAAAAAAACACUAGAUAAAAUGCAUAUAGAAAAAUGCAAUCUAGAAUCACAGCUAAAAGACAUGAGAGAACAUAUUGAUAUGUUGCAACUGGAAGGAGAUGUGCUUUCAAGAGAUCUCGAAAAAAUGAAAGAAACGCAUGAAAAGGAAUUGAUCAAAUACAAAUCUAUCAUAGCAAACUCUGAGUUGGAGUAUGCAAAGCUAAAAACGGCGUAUGAAAAAUAUGUAACAAAGGUUUCGGAAGCUAAAUCUAAAAAAGCUAUGGAAAAACUAGGUCAACAAUUAACAGAAACUCUGCAACAGCUUCAAAAGGAACGAAAACAUCACGCUGAUAUUACACAAAACUACGAAACAAAUAUUUCUAAAAUGAAACAGCAAAAUCAACAGCUAGAAGAAUCAAUGUCAAAAUUAGCUGAUAAAAGUAAAGUAAAAAAUUUAAAAACACCAGCACCGGCUGAAGACGUUUCCCGUUUAAAACUUUGUAUUGAAAUUGAGCAGCAAAAAUAUAAAGAAGCAUGUACCCAGCAUAACAAAGAAAUGCAAACACUAGAAUCGAAAAUUUUAGAGUUACAAAAUACAAGAAACAAGACAUGCUCAGUUCAAUAA